AUGGACAAUAUCAAUGAGAGACUAACAGAUGACAUGUUGGUCGAAAUUUUGCAUCGCAUGCCUUGCAAAUUUGCGGCGAGGUGCAAGUGCGUGUGCAAGCGUUGGUCCUCCCUCCUCUCCACUCGUUUCUUUCACAGCCGCUUCGAUUUGCGAGUAGCCCAGAUGAUCGGAAAGCACCAUUUGCAGAGGUUCGGCGUCACCGUGUCAGCCCCAAAUCAUCAAGUACUCAUAACUCCUGAAGUCAUCCCACCCGGGCUUCACGAAUUCACCCUUGAUUUCCUCCCCGAUGUUUACAAGAGAAAAAAGAAGGAUUGCGUUGUGGGCUCAUGCAACGACUUGUUCUUGUGCUCCACAAAAGGCAGCAAGUACUGCGUUUGCAACCCUUUCACCAGGCAAUGGAUUUCCCUGCCUCCUGUCUCCUGUCCCAAAAGCCUCGUACGCAUUGGAUUCGUAUGUGACCCAUUCGGCCAUACACAAGAAAAAGGAAAAGGAAAAGAAAAAGAAGAAAGAAGAGGAGGUAACACAACUACGUUUAAGGUGGUCCGCCUUUUUCGGUUUGAUUAUAUCAUCGAGGGUUCAUCCGAGUUAGAUAUGGAGUUCUUCUGUUCGGAGAAAUGGGAGUGGGAGUGCAGAGUGGUAGUCUUGCCUCCAGAAAGGCGGCUCCGGUACGUGGGAUUUCCCUAUUGGCCGGCCGUUCCCUACAAAGGAUGUUUGCAUUGGAUCGUGUCAGGGAAAGAUAUUCUUGUCUUCGAUCCUUACAACAUUGAUAUUAACAGCAAUGAGAUUUGCAGACUCAUUGGAACUCCCGGAGAUGCAAACCCGAGGUGUAGUCUCGAUGCCUUGGGGGUGUGUUGCGGCUGCCUGCGGAUAUCUCAGUGGGCUAGUACUGGGGUGUUGAGCAUUUGGGAACUCGACGACAAUGAGCCAAGGGAGAGCGACGGGUGCCCGUGGGGUCUGGUGCACCGAGUUAACAUGCGAGAGGAGAUAAGUUGGAAGAAGAAGGGUUGCCGGCCGCCCGGUUGGGUAAAUAAGGAUCUAUUAAAGGCUCAGGUGAUAGCCUUCCAUCCUUACGAUUCUAAUGUUGUGUAUUUGAGGUAUCCUAAAUCGGUACUUGAGUGUGACUUCGGAGCCGGAAUUUUGAAGGUAGCUGCAAGGCGUCCAUGUGAAGAAUUCUAUGGUGCAGGCAGAGUGUUUACGCUUGUAUCCCCAACUUGGCCAACUCCGAUGCCUCGACAAUGCCCCCUCCCCCUCUAA